AUGUUCGCCCUCGUGUCCCUCUCUCUCCUCAUCGGCGCCUGCUCGGCCGCUCCCAGCGCAGCCAACCCAAGCAACCAACUGCCCAACUUCAUCAACCAACUGCAGCAGUCCCUACGCACCGUCGACCAGAACAACCCCCCCUUCACCGACGGGUCCAAGUUGAACGAAUACACGUGCCCUGCGCACGCGUUCGAAUGCACAACGACCGACUUCUGGCAGCGGCAGAUCAUCGCCUCUGCCCCCGACCGCGUCACCAUCACGACAAACAUCCACACCGACGCAACCCUCAUCAACGACGGCACCAAGGACGCCACCAUCACGUCCUCCUUCUCCACGGCCGUGGCCAUCGGCACCACCAGGGGCUGGACCAUUGGCGCAAAGGUCUCUCUCAGCUCGCCCAACAAGGUCGGCAGCUCCGAGCUGUCGGCCUCCUACAGCGACACGUCCACCUCGACGACGACGGAGACAAAGACGGUCCAGUACGGCGCCAUCUGCCCGGCCGGAAAGACGUGCCGCAUCCAGACUGUCACUUUCCAGGCCCGUCUCCAUGCGUACUGCAGGCAUGAGUCUAUGCUCGACUGCACGGGGGCCGUCAACGUCUGCAAGCGUCCGACUGGCGUGCUGCAGUGCCAGCAGUACGUCGACUACUACAACAGGAACUGCGUGAAUCCUCCUUCCGACUCUCCGUGCAGUGUUGACGUCCAGCUUCGGGCGGACGAUGGGAAGCUCCUCACCCUUAUUAUCAUUUCGGAGGAGUAG